CUUCUUGCGGUCUGUCAGGCGAAAGACGGGAUUACGGAUGUGACGAUACGAUGACGCGAGAUCCGCAACGACGGGUAGAUCACCCGUACGCUGUAGAUCGGCGGCGGAUACCGAGGAUGGUGCUUCAGAUUCUGUUAAUUCAGAAUUUUAUUACAUUUGGCGCUGUCGCUCAAAUAGCCGAAUGUCCGCCGCCGGAAAUAAUAACGGGCUGUCCCUGCUAUAACUUUGAAGACGGUCUCUUUCUGGAAUGCGCUGGCGCUACGGAAGAGACUCUAAGGACCACGCUACAAGGCGUGCUGAGUACCAGUGGCGCGGGCACGAUGGUACAGUCGUUGAGUGUUUACGAGCUCGACAAAAGCAUCGAAGAGCUGAAGGAGGGUGCCUUCCCUCCCGGCUCGCAAAUCAGGCAUCUUCAAAUAUCACAUUCAUCUUUGCGGGAAGUAAGCGAGAGCGCGUUCACGAACUUGAAAGACAGCCUGGAAUCCCUGGCACUGGUCUCCGGCCGUUUGCCCCACGUGCCUCAAAAAUCGUUGGCCAAUCUACGGAAGCUGGCCGCUCUGGACCUCGAGACGAACUUGAUACAGGAUCUCUCGUCCUAUUGUUUUUACGGCUUGAAGCUGAUGAAGCUGACGCUGAAGGGUAAUCAAAUAUCGAAAAUUUCCGAAUACGCGUUCGCGGGCCUCGAGGACAGCCUGAGCGAUUUGGAUCUGGCUGAGAACAAGUUGAAGCUGUUUCCCAUGGCUCCCUUGAGACGACUCGAGAGCUUGGCUUCGCUCAGGCUGGCGUGGAACGAGAUAUCGGAGCUGCUCGACGACGGUUACAGCCUUCUCAGCUCCCUGCUGAUCCUCGAUCUGAGCAGCAACAAUUUCGAGAAGCUGACCGAGGACUGCUUCAGGCCCUGCCCCAUCCUUCACACCCUGUCCCUCUACUACAACUCGAUCGAGAGCAUUCACAAAGACGCCUUCGCGUCGCUCAAGGAUCUAGAGUCGAUCGAUUUGAGCCACAACAAGAUAGUGUUCCUCGACGUGGGGACGUUCAAGGGGAACGAACGGCUGCGCACGAUCGAGCUGAGUCACAAUCACAUUCACUAUAUCGGCGGCGUGUUCGCGCGGCUGCCCGAGCUGCGGGAACUUUAUCUGGCGGAAAACAAUAUCCUGGAGAUCCCGGGAGAUGCGUUCGCUGGCAGCGUCAGCCUCGCGGUGGUGUAUCUCCAGCAGAACGCCAUCCGUAGAAUCGACGCCAAGGGUCUCACGAGUCUCACGCAGCUGGCGCAAUUGCAUCUGAGUAACAACUACAUCGAGAAGGUGCCGCGGGAAUUCCUCGAGCACUGCGAGAACCUCUCCUCGCUCUCCCUGGACGGUAACAAGAUCCGCGAGUUGCAGCCGGGCACAUUCCUUAAGCUGCAUCAAUUGCGCGAGCUGCGGCUGCAGGAUAAUCAUAUAACGGAGGUGAAGCGCGGCGUUUUCACGCCGCUGCCGUCGCUCCUCGAGCUGCAUCUGCAAAACAACGCCAUCACCUCGAUGGAGACGGGCGCGCUGAGGACGCUCAAUAGCCUGCAGCACGUUAAUCUGCAGGGCAAUCAGUUGACCAUGCUCGGCGACGUCUUUCAGCUGUCCGCCUCGGAAUCGUCUUCCGGCGGGAGCUCUUUGGUGUCCAUUCAGCUGGACAGUAACGGCCUGGCUGUUCUACACAAUGACUCGCUGCGCGGCCAAGCGUCCGUCAGAAUUAUGUGGCUCGGCCACAACAAGCUCACACACCUGCAAGCUCCUCUCUUCCGGGAUCUUCUUCUGGUGGAGCGCCUUUAUCUGACGAACAAUUCCAUAUCCAGGAUCGAGGACGCCGCCUUUCAGCCGAUGCAGGCUUUAAAAUUUCUCGAGCUCAGCAUGAAUAAACUGAGUCACGUAACGGCGAAGACGUUCUCGGAGCUGCACGAGCUUGAGGAGCUGUAUCUGCAGGAUAACGGCUUGAGAAGGCUCGAUCCUUUCGCGUUGACGGCACUUAAGAAGCUGAAGGUGCUGGACCUGGCGAAUAAUUAUCUCACCGUUUUGCAGGACGCGAUUUUUCAGGAGGACCUGCCGAUCAAAACGUUGAAUUUGAAGAACUGCUCGAUAGCCACGAUAGAAAGCGGCGUCUUUCGCGGGCUCAACAACUUGUUCGAUCUCAACCUGGACGACAAUCUCCUCACGGCGAUAGCGCUGCAGCGUCUGCACGUCCCCGGUCUUCGCACACUCGCCGCGUCCGGCAACAAUUUCAGUCAGAUCACGGAGCACUGUUUCAACGGGCUGCCCUCCCUGCAGGACCUGUUCCUGGACAGCUCGCAAAUAAGCAAUUUGCCGGAUAACAUCUUCGUGCUGAAUCGAAAUCUGGCGCGCCUAGACUUGAACCAUAAUCACCUGAGUGCUCUGCCGCCGAAUAUCUUCGACCGGUUACUGUCGCUGCGGGAGAUACAUCUGAAUCACAAUCAAUUCAAGACCAUCCCGUACUCGGCGCUCGCGAGCGCCCUGAAUCUCGAGAUCCUCACGCUCUCGACCAACGAGAUUCUCAACGUCGACCUGGCCAGCUUCGUCAGCUUGAGGCAUCUGAGAGAGCUGGAUCUGAGCCACAAUAAGAUCGAGACGAUGUCCGGCUUCGCGAUGGCCAAUCUGUCGCGCUUGAUAUCCGUGGAUCUCAGCCACAACAAUUUGAACGCGCUGCCGGCGAACUUCUUCGCGCACUCGUCCCUGCUGCGCAGAGUCGACCUGUCGGAGAACAAAUUCCGACAGAUACCCGCCGUGGCUCUCUCGGGUCAGAAUCUUCCCAAUCUGGCCUGGCUGAAUCUCACGCGGAACCCUCUAAACAGAAUCCACGAUCUGCCGUCGGAGGCGAUGUACCCUAUUCUCCAGGAGGUGCACAUCUCCGGCACCAAUCUGAGCAUAGUGACCUCGCAGGAUUUCGAGGCGUUCCCGGCGCUGUUGCACCUCUACCUCGGCCAGAAUUGCAUCCUACGGGUGUCGCCGGGCGCGUUUCGCAGCCUCCCGAAUCUGCUCACCCUCCACCUCGGCAUGAACAGCUUGGAGAUACUGCCGAAGGAGCGGCUGCAGGGCAUGGAGCAUUUACGGAUACUCAACCUGACGCACAAUCGCCUGAAGGAGCUGGAGGAAUUCCCGGAGGAUCUCAAGUCCCUUCAAAUACUGGACCUGUCCUACAAUCAGAUCGGCAUCGUCGGCAAAGUGACGUUCAAGAAUUUAAUUAGCCUGGUCGAGCUGCAUCUUUAUGGUAACUGGAUAAACGCCAUCUCCAGCGAGGCAUUUAGGCCCCUGAAGAAGUUACGUCUACUUGACUUGAGUAGGAAUUACUUGGAGAACCUGCCGCUGAACGCUUUCCGGCCACUCGAGACGCAAAUAAGGAGCUUGCGGGCUGAAGAGAACCCGUUACAUUGCGGCUGCGAGUCGCAAGAAUUGUGGGAAUGGUUGAGAGACCAUCAGAAAUUGGUGAGUGGAGUCGGCGGUGGUCGUAGCCGCGGAAGAAAUGGUGUCGGAGUCGGUGACGUCGAGGGCGGUUUGUUAAGAUGCGAGCAGCCACCCGAACUCCGGGGUCUCGUCUUCCUCGAUCUUGACCCCCACGCCUUCUGUUCCGCUCCGCUGGUCCUGAAACUCGCAAUUCAGGACAUUCAGCCCUUCUCCGUUCUGGUAUCGUGGCAGAGCAGGAAUCAUUCCGGCCUCCACGGAUACCAAGUGGCGUAUCACGCCUUGGACAACGUCGACGAGGUUCGUGGUAAGCUGCUAGAUCCAAAGGCACGUUCGGUGAGAUUGACGAAGUUGGCAUCUGACACGCGCUACCUGAUCUGCGUGCUUGGCUUGGGCAGCUGGGGCACCCCGAUCCCGGAGGACAUCGGCUCCUGGCAGUGGAACGCCUCGCACGACGACGUGAUCGAGGGAUCCUCGUUGCCCGUGAUGGUGAACUCGCUCACUAGUCGGUGCACCGAGGUCAGAACUUUGGACGCGCCCGACUCGAUAGUGGGCGACGGCACGGUGAGCGACAGGGGCAGCCUGGCCAAUAUCCUCACAAGACGGCUGGGCCUGAUCGUGGGCAGCUGCAUGGGCUUCGUGGUCUUCGUGGUGCUGAUCUCCGUUCUCGGCUACAUGAAAAUGAAGAAGCAGCGGGCGACGAUCAAGCGGGAUCAGCCGUUGUCCUCGAAUCCGCCCGAGUACAUGUCCUACAGGCACUUCUCGUUGCAGAGCGGCGACAGGGCGGAGAACGCCUGUCCGAGUUUCAUCAGUAACAUCGGCCCGCCGCCCCUCGGCUCGUAGCAGAAGGCGAAGGAGUCUCGUAAAGAGACCGCUCAACAUGACAUCGAGAUGAAAACCGUGUCGACUUGCACGAGUAUCUACAGCUAAUAAUCGCGCGCCGCGAGACGAGGAGACGGCGACGGCGACGGGCGACGACGGGCGUCGUGUCGACGACGCUUCUUCCGGCGUCGUCGACAGGAAAAAGUGACGAGGAACGGGACGGGCCGCGCGCGCGUGCACGCUGGUAUCGGGAGUCUUUUGAACUUUUAACGCGCGCUUCGAAGUAAUCGAAUAAGAAACCGUCGAUUAUGUCGAUCACAUCGUGGAACGAUGAUUUGUGACGCGAUCGUGGCUUUUAUGAUCCGCGGCCGUCACGAGUCGACAUAAUUUCUUUUCACUCCGCGAACGUAAUCCACGUGACAAAUCCACGCUGUUCGACUUGCAUGUAGGAAAUAAUAGAAAAUAAAAAAUUAAGCGUCACGGCUGAAUCGGCAAAAAUUUUUUAAUCAAUAACAUAUUUCAACACCGUAUUUCGACGUAGGAGAUUUUUGUACCGUACACCGUCGAACGUGACCGCGACGUCAAUAUUUCCGCGAUUGAGCUCACCUCGUGCACGAAGGAAUUCGAAUUGUUAGCAAAGUGCCAAAAAUAACCACCUAUACGUGUUUCUACGUACAAUUCACAAAGCGUCUCACCCGCGAUCGCUUUUGCAGGGGGUGUGUAAAACGCGCGUGACUUUCACACGUGUGAGAAAAAGAAAAGAAACGUCCUUCGAGUGGCUUAAAUCUCAUCAUCCACGCAUCGGCGAACGUCAGUACGCACGACGUUCGGCACGUCACGUCAUUUCGAAACUAGUGCCGAAAGGAAGGGGGGGGUGGGGGGCUGGGGGAGAAACAUUUUCGCGCGAGGUCCAAAAGGACUGCCAGCGAGAAAAUCAAACGUACGCGAUAAUAUUAGCAUUUUGACAGGGGAUUUUACCGGAGCGGAUUACUCUUUACGAUUUUUCCUUCCUUUUUUACGAUGUACACCAUCGCCGGAUGGGAUAGAAAGAACCGCCGGCUGUUAUCGGCGAACAUUUCCGCUGCUUUUACGAAACGAGCAACCGAGCACAACGACGCUAUCGAUCCUCUCUCUCUCUUAACUCUCUCGAAAACUUCGAAUUCUCCUCGUACGAAGACUGAUUUUUUACGCCGUUUAAAAUUUCCUUCCACAAUUCCGAGACUCUCCUCUGCGUAUCGUACACUUGGCGCGACACUUUUUUGUAAAUAUGCAAGGUGACGCGUCCCUCGCGGUAUCCCAACGAUCGAUGCCCGCGGGGACGUGUAUCUCCGUGAGAUUCGUCUCUUUAUAGUGCUGCGCAAGCAAUAUUACACUUAUUCGUAUUGAUAGUUUCUAAUGAUCCAGCACUAGCGUUAAUUAAGAAGAAACGUCACGAUGAAAGAACGUCGGCGACCAUCGUCCUUCAAAUCCAUCGCGCGUAGGAAAGAUUUUAACGAACGAUCGCGUGAUCUAGCCUCUUCGAUUUUGAUAAUAUCACGUCACGGGGCGGACGCGCAGUCUCGUGACACUCGGAACGAAACGCAUUCGAACUCUUGAAUCUGUGAAAGACUAAGUGUGAUUCCUGCCAAGAAAAAGAAGAAGAAGAAGGAAUAAUCGAAUCUAAGUUGCCAAAAAAAGAAAAAAAAAAGAAAAUGUUAACUGUGUAUCGAGUAACGUGAAAAGAAAAUCGGUUUAUUGUAUAUAGAUAGAGGAUAUGUAUACACAUAGCAUUCUUUAUUAUAGCCUAGGCUUUCGGUUAAUAAAAGUACCCCACAA